AUGGACUGCAAAGAAGUGAGGCCAAAUUUCAAGAAGGGAUUCUGGAAGCCAGAAGAGGACAUGAUACUAAAGAAAUAUGUUGAGACUCAUGGAGAAGGCAAUUGGACUCUUGUUUCCAAAAAAUCCGGUUUGCUACGGGGUGCCAAGAGCUGCAGGUUGAGAUGGAAGAACUACCUAAGACCAAACAUCAAACGUGGUACCAUGUCUGAAGACGAAAAAGACCUUAUUAUUAGGCUGCAUAAGCUUCUGGGUAACCGUUGGUCGCUGAUUGCUGGUAGGCUCCCGGGGCGCACUGACAAUGAAGUGAAGAACUAUUGGAAUACACAUAUGAUCAAGAAAUCACCCCAAAUCACUCACAAAAAUCUUUGUUCCGACAAACGCCAGUUAUCGAGCUCGCACUGCAUGGAGCAAGAGAAAACUGACCGAGUAAUAGCCAAGGAAGGUGAGACUACAAAUGCUCAUAACAUAUUAGAUUCUUGGGUGGAAGAACUAAAGAAUGCCGACUAUAAUAAUAACAACGUGCCGUUUGAACCGAUGUUCUUCCCCAACUCUCCUCGUGACUUGUUGCUCGACGAUUUCGACGUGCUCUUCCAACCAUUUGAAGUUAGCAGCAUGGUUUAUUAUUUGCAGUAA